GGCAAAUAUGCAAAUUGAUGCAAAUAUAGGAGUAAAGAAUAAAAAUUGAAGAAUUAUUAUAUGAUUCCCUUAAUUUUCGUUUUCAAGUAACUUAAGAGUUUAUAAACAUGCCUACAAUAAUAUUGCUGGACGUAUCUCUUUCUAUGACAAGGCCUGUUCAAGUUGGUGAGGGCUUUGAAACAGUCUCCAGAAAACAACUGGCAGAAUUAGGAAUUAAUGCAUUUUUGGAUUAUCUUAGCAUACAUUCUAAAUUAGAGUUUAUAUCUUUGAUGGCUUUUUCGUCAUUGUACGAGGAGAGGUGUCCGUUUACCAGAGAUUACAAUGCUAUUAAAGCAGAAUUAAAAAAUAUAGAAGACUAUGAUAAAACUUGCAUUGAAACAGCGUUGCACGGUGUUAAUCAUAUGGUUCUUGGUGAAUGGGGAAUAACACUGCUUGUCAGGUAUUAUUAGUAACAGACGGAAAUACUGGUAUAGGAACGAAUUCCUUGAAAGAAGCAAUUGCAACAAUGAAUCAAAGGAAUAAUAAAAUACCAUUUCCCGUUCCUUUUUCAUUCCCAGGGAAAUUACAUGUGGUGUGUCUCACUUCUCCUAACGAUUUAAGUUUCAUUAAAUCAAAACCACUUUUUCAGAGGUUGAUUGAUCUAAGCGGUUACGAUGGAUCUAUUUUGGUGCCAGAUAAUAUUCAUAGUGAAUCGAGCGUAAUUAGUUUGUUUCAAAAACUUGCUGAAGAUAUGUACACAACGUUUAAGGGCACCUUAAAGUGUGGUAAUUUAGAAUCAAAAAUAAUAUUGUCACCAGCUCCUGUGGCUUAUACAAAGUUUACGGAUUUUGAAUGCAACACUCAUAAUAUGUCAGAGCUAAUAGAGGUGUGCGGGUUUGUAUCAGUUACAGAUGUAGGUUCGCCUAUGGCCAUUAGCCGUCAUCUCAUUCUUCCAGCCAGUUCUCCAACCAAACAAGAAAAUGUUACUAAAAAUGAAACGGAAGUCAGCGAAGAUGACAGCGCUGACGAAGCAAAAAUACCAUCAUUUUGCGUACUACUUCAUGGGGCUUUAAGAGUAGAGAAUAUGGCAGCAUUGGUGAAUAUAGGAGAAAAUUGGUUUGGAUUUGUAUAUUCUUGGGCAGAUUCGAAGAAAAAGUCCAAUUUGAUGCUAACCAUUUUAAUGCCAGGUACUGACAUCAUACCUUGGUUAGGAGAUUUAAAUUGUUUGGGAUCUGCAGAAUCUUAUUCAUCUGACCAAAUAGGUAGCUUUCCUAUUAAACCGAUGGAGAAAAGAAGUUACUCUCAGAACGGUGUCGUUUGGAUUAGACAAGCAGGUCUGCAGUCUGAUAUUCAGAAAAUAUUACGACAUGCUAGAAAGUUGCCGGAGAAAACUCAGCAGUUCUAUAAGGAACUUAACAGGCUUAGAAAAGCAGCAAUAUCGUUAGGUUUCUUGGAUCUUUUAAACGGAUUGGCUUAUAUUUUUGAACAAGAAUGUUUACAGUUACCUCCGAGUGCACAUCCUGAUUGUGCUGUCCAGUUACAACAUGCAGCUGAGGAUCUGAGAAAAAUACAAAAUAGAGAUAUCAAAUAUAAUGUAAUGCCUUUGCAAACUAAUUAUAACAGUACAUAAUAUUAAAUUAAAAUUUUCAAUAUAA